AUGGUAAAUUGAGAAAGCUGGCAAAUUAUCAUUACAUACGUAUAAGCUAGCUAGCUAAAAACUCGCUUUUGCAAGUUGCAGUGUUUAUGUUAAUAGUUUUGAAGAAGGUAAGGCCGUGAAGAAUCAUGGCUGGGGACGCGCAGGACAUUCCACGCCUUGAAUUAGAGUCUGUCAUUGGAUUUAAUGGACAUGUCUUUUCUGGCCUACAAGUCCAUCCAGAUAGUGAACACUUAAUUUAUCCUCUCGGUUGCACGAUCAUCGUAAAAAGUAUCAAGGAUGGCAAACAAGAGUUCCUACAUGGACACACAAACAACGUCUCCUGUGUCGCUGUUUCCCAAAGUGGAAAAUACAUUGCCUCAGGACAAGUCACUUUCAUGGGCUUCAAGGCUGAUAUUAUAAUAUGGGAUUAUGCCAAAAAAGACAUACAUGCCAGACUACAACUUCACAAAGCGAAGGUGGAAGGUCUGGCCUUCUCUCCCAAUGACAAGUACCUGGUGUCCUUGGGUGGCCAGGAUGAUGGCAGCAUCGUGGUGUGGAACAUCGAGAGCAAGGAGGCCAUCUGUGGGAGUCCAGCCUCAGCCCACAGCGCGGGCCAGUGCCUCACCAUCAAGUACAGCAACGACACCGACGACCUCUUCAUCUCAGCUGGGAAUGGCACACUGCGUGUUUGGGAGUUAGACCUUCCCAACAGGAAGAUCCGCCCCACGGAAUGCCAGACAGGCCAGCUGAAGAGGAUAGUGAAAUGCAUCGAGAUCCAGGAGGACGGCGAGUUCUUCUACUGCGGCACGACCAGCGGAGACAUCAUGAAGGUGAACCUGAAGACACGGUUGCUGAACAGCUGCGGGCCGCUCAAACAGAAGUUUCGCAAGGGUGUAAACACGUUGAAGAUGCUGAUGUCAGGGGACAUCCUGGUGGGCUCGGGAGACGGCAUGUUCACCCUGUGCUCCGGAGCCAACUUCAAAACCCUCAAGAAGGUCCAGCUGGAGGGCGGGGUGACGUCCGUCACGCUGCGAGGCAAGGGCCAGCAGUUCUUCGCCGGGACGGUGGCCUCUCAGAUCUACCGCUUCGACCACACGGACUUCCAAGCCGAGCUCAUUUCCACGAGUCACAACAGCACUGUCAAGGACGUGGCCUUCCCCUUCGGCUCGUCCGAGCUCUUCGCCACCUGCUCCCAGGAUGACAUCAGAGUGUGGCACUCCGACACCUCCAAGGAGCUGCUGCGCAUCUCCGUGCCCAACAUGACCUGCAACGCCCUGGACUUCAUGAUCGACGGACGGAGCAUCAUCAGCGCGUGGAACGACGGGAAGAUCCGCGUGUUCGCUCCGGAGAGCGGCAGGGAGAUGCUGGUCGUCCACAACGCCCACAGCAUGGGAGUGACCGCCAUCGCCGGCACCAGGGACUGCAAGCGGAUCGUGAGCGGAGGGGGAGAGGGACAGGUGCGGGUGUGGGAGAUAUUGCAGGGCUGUCACCGUCUGCUGGAGACCAUGAAAGAGCACAAGGCCACCAUCACUUGCAUCAAGAUCAAGAGCAAUGACAAAGAGUGUGUCACAGCCAGCUCGGACGGAGCCUGCAUCAUCUGGGACCUGGUACGCUUUGUGAGGAAUCAGAUGGUUCUAGCCAACACUCUGUUCAGAUGUGUGUGUUACCACCCCGAGGAGUACCAGGUCAUCACCAGUGGCACUGACAGAAAGAUUGGGUACUGGGAGGUGUACGAUGGAUCAGCCAUCAGGGAACUGGAAGGGUCCCUUUCAGGGGCCAUCAAUGGCAUGCACAUCACACAGGACGGCAGCCAUUUUGUCACAGGUGGCGAUGACAAGCUGGUGAAGGUGUGGGACUACUCAGAGGGCGAGGUCACCCACGUGGGCGUCGGUCACAGCGGCAGCAUCACCAGCAUCAGGAUCUGCACCAACAACCGCUGGGUGGUCAGCACCAGCGCUGACGGGGCCGUGCUCCGCUGGAGGUACCCCCACGCUUCCUAGAGCGCCCUCCGCUGGUCUGGAGGGAUCAGGGCGUCGUAGAACGCUUUCCCUUCGUUCGCCUCGAAUGAAUAUC